UGGUGACAUGUCGAGAAUACAACAACAUUCUCCGGGCUGAUGGCACCAACUUUUAUCCGCAAACAUCCACAGGACACAUAGGCUGAAUCUCCUUGAUGCAUGCCUAACUUAAUAUUAGGCCUAUUCACAAAAUAUGAAAAAAGAGUUUCCGGAGGGUGGACAAUUGAAUUCCAAUGAACACCAGAGUGGAACUUUCGAAGACAGUGACAGAGAAAUAUUUCCUUCCAAGUCGUAGAAGUCGGACUAGGCUACAAUCAUUUUAGAUUUGUAACAAUUGUUUCUAGCCGUAAGUCGACUGACAUGUAUUCCUACGAGACGCUUGCAUAUUCGGGGGGCACCUUGCCGAGACGUUUUCGAAAUAAAUGGAGACCUAUGACACAGUCACCAGAACUGAUCAGGACGAAUGUGGUCCUGGAGAAGAAUGCAGAUGAGGCCUUUGGUUUUGAAAUUCAGACUUAUGGUCUUCACCAUCAGAAUGAAAACUCAGUGGAGAUGUGUACAUUUGUUUGUAGAGUGCACGAUCAAAGCCCAGCCAAACUGGCAGGUCUGAAAGUUGGAUAUACCAUUGCAUGUGUUAAUGAGACAUCAGUGGAGGGUUGCCAGCACAAGGAGAUUGUUCAGCUGAUCAGGUCUUCAGGGAACACUCUCAGACUUGAGACACUCUACAGUGAUUCAAUACGAAGGGCUGAGCUUGAUGCUAGACUGCAAUACUUAAGGCAAAUCUUGCACGAGAAGUGGGACGAGUACCGCUCCCUGAUGAUGCAGGAACAAAGACUAACCCACGGCAUAGUUAUGAGUGAUGCUGUGAUUUAUGAGUCCCUGGAGUCAGCAGGAGUGUACGGGAGUUUAGGUGUUCCCAGUCCCAUCACCCGUCGUGCUCAACACCUCUGGGAAGGUAGCAACAGCAGCAGCGCCAGCCACCUGAGCACUGCCACAGACGAAGACUCUCUGUACCAGGACUGUCCGUACCAGGAUAAUAUGCCCACCCUAUCCAAAGCUGAUUCCUUUUGCAAACUGUCUCUGCAACUCUCGGCCCAGAGACUUCUUCGUCCAGCCGUUGAGCUUUUUGCCACAACAAGAUGUUCACUCACACGCAGUGCCAGCACAUGUAGUUACUUGCAGGAACCAGGGAACAGUGCUUCAUUGCCAGUCAGCAAACAAGGGCAGUUUGGUAGAAUACUGGCAAAGCCAAAACAGAGGAGCUUUCCGCGGAUUCUGUUGAAGUUCAUCCCUGGAUUGAACCAUGCACUGGAAGAGGAGGAAAGCAAGCUAUGAUGCCUUGUUUUAGUGGGAAGAGAAUGUACCUCAGUUGUGAACAAUUGUGCACUUGUUUCCCUAUUUGUUUACAAUUUGGUAUGCGAAUAGGUAUAGACAUCAGGUAUACGCUGAUAGUGUGAAACUGUCUCCUGCUAACGCAUUAAAUUAUAUGGCCAGUACAGAAUAAAGCUAAGGACAGUCUUCUUUAUUAUUGUAUACAAUGUACAGUAUAUUAUAAAAAAUAACAACACUACAACUUUUUUAAUAAUAUGCAAAGGACUUAUGAGAAGCUUAUGAGAAAGCCUUAAAUUGUUGGUUAAAGCGACACUAAAGAGUUUUUUUUGUACCUUAAAAUAAUGUUUCUAAAAUCAUUUCAAUGGUUCAUCAUCUUGUAACAGGGUGAACGGCACUUGCAUUUGCUUCGCGGCCCUCUAUCGGCUCUAACCGCACUAUGUAAGUUUACCAGAUCUGGUAGCGGAUCUGUAGUUUGAAAAUAGCACAUUUUUCUGCCAGUGCAUUAAGCAAAUUUGUCCUAAAAAUAAUCAAAUUUCUCUGCUAGUGCAUUCAGUAAAUUUGUCUUGAUAAGACUCCUGUGAAAUAAGUCAAAGUCUUCCUAAAUAUAAUCAAAAUUAAAUGUGUUCAUACUAAAAACAAUACCAUUUUUUUUCAUCUUAAUGUCAGAUUAAUAACACUUGGUUAGAUUUUAUUUUUAGCAGUACAAUAGCUCUAUGAUUAAUAUGACCUGAAAUUUACCUUGAAAAUGGCAUUGAUAUUAUACAACAAUCUACUGUUAAUGGGAGGUGAUAUAUGAAGUUAAUUAUUCUAUAUUGAACACACACAUGCCACCUAUCAGGGCUUUUGAAAUGGUAUACCCAUAUCUCCUAGCAUGGAAAAUGAAUAAAAACUAGAUGAAAGCAGGUUUCUUGUGAAUUCUCCCAACUGCAAUGAUGACAAAUGGUGAUUAAGCCAGGGAAUCAAAAAAUAAUUAUACUUUUUGUAACUUAAAUUCAGUGUGUUUGUGUUUUUGUAUUUCAAUGUAUAUUAAAGGUCAUUUCAAGAUCAUACAAAUGACUGUAUGGCAUUUACUACUGAUAAAUCAAUACCAUAAUCAUACAAAUGAGAUGUGGUAGAAAUGGCCAUGGUGAUACUAACUUCGGGCUUCACCAAUAUUAGUUACAUGAGUGAUAUUUAAGGUGAUGCUAGAAUUCCAUUUCAGAAGUCACAUUCAGUUUAAA